AACUCUUGUUAUUGUUGUUGAUCGUUUGUUUUAAUCAUGUUUUCUUUGAUUAAUGGGAACAAUUUAUUAAUGUGAUUAUAAUGAUUUGAAGGAUUUGAUCAAUAUUCGUGUCUAUGGUUCAUCUUGUGUUUGUUUUGUUUCAAUUAAUGGCAACUUCUUUUUUCCUCUGACCAUUUAACUAGUGAAUUAAAUCUGUUCCCUUUUCUAUUGUGCACCAAACCAACAACAUCUUUCUCCUUUUCUCUCCUUUCUCUUUCACUAUUCUCAUUUCCCUUUCUUUUAUCUCUCUCCCUCCUAGUUUGUCCUGUUUUUCAUUCUAUUCUUCACCAUCAUCCUGUGAAUUGAUUCUUCUGUAAAUUAUUAUUGCCAUUUUUUAUUCCAUCAUCAUGUCUGAGCGUAAAUUCAUGAAAGUUCUCUCGAAACCAGGAUCAGCAGCAGCUGUUCGAGAGAAUGUGUCGGCUGCUGUUCGACACACAACUUUAAUGGUUCGGCCUCUUAUUGUUGAACCUUUGGACUACGAAGAGUUAAUUAAUAAGAUGAGAACUAUUCUUCAAAAUGAUCCUCAAAGAGAACUGUUACUUUUCCCCAUGGACGAUUUUGAGGCUAAAACUCUAAAUCGUUUAAUUCGAACCACUCGACCGGUGCCAUAUAAUAAUCACGACUUCAUGUUAUCGAGCAAAUUAAACCUUGACACUAACCUUUUACCUGUUUCCCUUCAUGUGAGGCAAUGUAUUGAUGGGUUUCUACGUGAUUGGAGUGUAAUUGAAUUUAAAUAUGAAAAAUACUCUGGUUCUUGGACAGAGUUACCUAAAUUACCAAGAUUGACUGAAGAGGCCAAUCUUUUAGACCAAGUUUAUGAGAUUGACGAUGAGGAAGAUGGUGAUCGAGAGCCAAAUGAAAAUGUGAUUGGAGGAAUUACAAAAGAGGGAUAUAUUUUAAGAGGAUCCGAAACUGCGACUAGCGCUUUCAUGUCGAUGACAAGUAAAUCAUUCAAGAGACGAUGGAUGUGUCUUCGUCCGGAAAUUGAUAACACUUAUGUACUUGAAUUUUUUAAAGAUCAAAGGAAAACUGAAUCAAAAGGAUCAAUUCAUUUGGAUCUUUGUCAUCAAGUUGUCCGGAAUCCCCGUCGUGGAAAAUGGGCUUUUGAACUACGGAUGAUUGAAGGACAUAAAUGUGUGAUACUUGCCACCGAAUUAGAGACUGAUUUAGAUUCAUGGCUGGAAGCACUGAAUCGAGCCAUUUCCAAUAAAUCAGAAACCGCGAGCCGUAAAAGUGUUGCUCUCUCCGAAGGAAUCUCAACACCACCUCCAACCCUGAAAUACGGCACCUUGAGGAAUCUUGAAUUCUCUAAAAAUCCUGAACUGAUGAAAUAUUCCCGUGAAACUGAAUACACUAUUGCUCAGCAACGUAAAGAGGGAAGGGUCAAUGUAUUCAUGGUUUAUCCUGAUUUACAAUCUCGCCGAGGGUCAUUUAUUGAACUUAAAUAUCGUCCCAAUAAAAAGGUGGAACCAUAUCGGGAGCAAUUUGGCUUUCGCUUCAUCUUCACCUGUGAUACCUUUGAUUUCAAUUUAAAAACAACGAUAGAAGGAAAUACCUGCCAUAUUGAACCUUUUUUCACUUCAGUUGCUGUUUUUGAUGCCAAACGCGGUAAAAUAACGGAAGAAUUCAGAUUUGAUGUAAAUAAUGAUCUUGUUAAAGAAAUGUUACCCAAAGGAAAAUUAGAAAGACAAGAUUCAAUGGACAUGGAAGAUGCUCGAGAGUUUACAGACGACUGGAUAGUAGACCCUAAGUCAGCCAUUUUCUCAAUUCAUUCUCCAAGUACCGAUAUGUUUCUCGUUUUACGUGUGGAAAAGGUUUUAACCGGUUCUAUAUCAUCGACCAGUGAUGGUUACAUUAAAUCAACUGAAAAUGGUGCCGGUAAAUUGGGUGUUAAAAUGCACAAAACAGCAAAAGCAACUUGUCAAAGGAUGGGAACCCAAUACCGGAUGCCGUUUGCAUGGGCAGCAAAACCAUUGUUUAAAUCAACCAAAUGUUUGGACACUUCAUCUGAUUUCGGAUCAAUUUAUCGACAAGAAAACAAUAGAUUAAGUGACGAAGAUCUAAUUAAGCAUCUGAAUGAAUUGAAAAACAAUGAGAAACUCCGAAAUGUUACCGUUAUUCCAGGUAAAAUAAGCUGCUCUCUCAAAGAGCUAAGCACUACCGUCACAAAUGAUAUUCCUGAUACAGUGUUAACCAGUUCCCACCUUCCGGUUGUGCCAUUCAAAACACCUCCCAUAGAACCAGCUAUCAUUGAAGUUCAAGAAUUUCUUUUAACUAAUCCUCGAAUAGCAUCGCCCUCCACCCAUUAUGUUAAUUUGCUUUAUGUUUUCCCGAAGUGCCUCAAAUAUGAUAGCCAAAAGUUUUUCGCCAAAGCGCGUAACAUUUGCUGUGCCAUUGAAUUUCGAGACUCAGAUGAAGAAUCUGCUCUUCCCUUGCCUGUUAUCUUCGGUCGCCCUUGUACCUCCAAUCGUGAAUUUGUUUCAAGAGUAACAACCUCAAUAACCCAUCACUCAUCUAACCCUGAAUUUUACGAGGAAGUGAAAAUAGCUCUGCCCGUUGUACUUCAUGAAAAGCAACAUCUUCUAUUCAGUUUCUAUCAUGUUUCAUGUUCCACUUCGUCACACAAAAAGAAAGAAUCAUCCAUUGAAACACCCAUCGGCUACUCUUGGCUUCCCAUAUAUCCAAACCGAGGAAAAUUGAAUCUUGAAGAGCAAAGCAUAAGUGUAUCAUCCCACCUUCCUCCAGGUUACCUUUCAUAUAAGCCUUUAGGCUUAGGCAAAGGGUUUUCUGGACCCGAAAUCAGAUGGGUUGAUGGAGGUCGAGAAUUAUUUAAAGUUGGUUUCAAAUUUGUCUCAAGUAUAUUUCCAAGUGAUCCUCAUCUUCACUCCUUCUUGGUUCAUGUUGAUAAAAUAUUGGAUAUGAAAAGUAAUAAUGAAAAUGAUCUGUCAGGAGUAGACACGGCAAGCAUAAGUUCAGGUUCAAUUAACACUACUCUUACCAAUACAGGAUCUGAGGCGGGUCGGGAGAUCUCAAAAUUUGUUCAGAUUCAACAUGGAAUGCCAAAAAUUUUGAAGAACCUUCAAGACUCUGAAAUCAGUGAUAUUAUCAGAUUUUUUCCGGUCCUCAUGACGCAAUUAUUACGCCUUCUCAUGGCUACGACCAGUGAAGAUGUUUCACUUAAUAUUGUACGAAUUAUAAUUGAUAUCUUGCAUCGAAUUCAUUCAGUCAACAAAGAAGAAGUUACUCAAAGCUACGUUGAGUACGUUUUCACUUCUGAAUCUCUUUUUACAAGCAAUUCAAAGACAACCCUCCAUGAGGAACUCAUUCGCUCAUUAGUUUCACUUCUUCGUUCAUCUUUCAAUGAUUUUAUGGUUAUCAAUAACCUUCUCUCUCACUGCUGGUUUUUCCUCCAAAUUGCUGUUAAAUCUAUGGUCAAUCAUCUUCUCACCUCUGGACGAAUUAAAAUGCUUCGAAAUGAACGUUUCCCUCAAGAAUAUCAUACAAACCUUUCAGCAUUUAUCGACCUUAUAAUGCCACAAAUUAUGCACAAAUAUCGAGGUCUUCCCUCCGAGACUAAAUUAGCUAACAAAGCUCUUGCCUUCUUCCUGACUCGAUGUCUCUCCCUAAUGGAUCGUGGUUUUGUUUUCCGUCUCAUCAAAUUGUACCUUGAUAAAUUCCACACGGCUCGUGAUAGUGUUGCCCUUCACAAUUACAAAUUCGAAUUCAUUGCAAUCAUUACAGCUUAUGAACACCAUGUACCUCUUAACCUGCCAAUAAAUGGGUCCUCAAUCAAAGCCAAAACAUCGCCAGGAAGUGAAACUGCUACGAAAGAAAAUCCUAUCGCAAUAUCUGAUUCAUUUACCAAAACUCAUUUUAUCGUUGGUAUUAUACUUCAAGAGGUUCGUUCAGCGUUGAUUGAGGUUCAUCAAGUUCGUGGUAUGGCCAUUUCAGUUUUGCGUAAUCUACUCGUUAAACAUUCAUUCGAUGAUCGAUACCAAUACAGACAACAACAAUCUCGAAUUGCAUCUCUCUACUUCCCCUUCAUUUCUGUUUUACUUGAUAACAUUAACCGAAUUCAUGUUUCCGGAUUUUCAUCUGCCAUUCAACAUCUCAUCAAUGAUAAUAACAAUUCUACUCGAAUUUCAUCUCCCCAUAAAUCAUCUACUCUCAACUGUCUAAAUUCAUCGAAACGAGUCUCAUUCUUUGAUACCUAUUCUCUCGCCUCUCUUGAUACAAUCGAUGGUACAACCAAAAGUAAUAGUUUACGUCGCAAUUCAACACUGGAAUCGACCUCAAAACUUCUUUCGACUGCUAAUCGAGAUUCCAGUUAUCUUCAGUAUAUCGCAGGAACUAUUCCUAUUACUAAUGUUGGCCUUUCGGUCGUUACCAAUAGUCCAGGUUCUAGUUUUUUUCCUGGAAGUUCAGAUGAACUUUCAGUAGAUGGGCCUGAUUCUUCAUCUAAAUCACCUUCACCUGAUCCAGAUAAUCAUUCAAAGAAUGUCACUUCAGCUCUUAGUCAACAAACUAAUCAACUUCAAUUAAUUAGUCAACAAGGACACUUAUCAUUAGGGAAAAUGUCAACAACCAACAAUCCAUCAACAGAUUCGAGAUCAACUUCCCCCGCCAAUAUGGAUAAUAAAGAUAUUAAUCAUCAUCAUCAGCGAUCCCAAUCAUUACCAGUGAGAUUUGAUAAACUAAAUAACAAGGAAGUCAGAGAUCUGUUGAUUAUACACCUUUGGAUAAUCAAACAUGUAACUGAAGAUAUGAUGACUAAAUGGUUACAUCAAGCAUCAGAUGUUCAAAUAAUCCAAAUUUUAACUUUAACCGAAAUGUGUCUAUUCGAAUUCAAAUACAGUGGCAGAAAAUAUUCCACCAAAAGAUCGGGAGCAUCUGAUAAGGCGAACACGUUACCUUCGAGAAUAAGUUCGAACAUGUCAAGUCAAACAUCCAUUGGACCUCGAUUCGAAGAUAAUGAAUCAAACGAAAACCACAUUACCCACGAAAAUGUACUUUUCUCGUCUCUUCUGGAAGCUAAUCUAGCCACCGAAGUGGGUCUUAUCGCUUUGGAUCAGCUCGGUCUGAUAACAUCUCAUCUCAAAGAUCGUAUCUCUGGUAACGAAGGCGAUAAUCCUCUUAUGAAGAAAAUUUUCUCCAUUUAUCUUACUUUUCUUCAAUUAGGACAAUCAGAAACUCUCUUGAAACACCUUUUCGCUUCCCUCAGAGGUUUUGUUAAUAAAUUUCCGUCAGUUCUAUUCUCGGGUAAUCCUAAUCUAGUUGGCAAAUUGUGUCUAGAACUGUUACGCUGUUCGUCUUCUCGGAUUGUCACCGUUCGCAAUGAAUCUUCCGCUUUACUUUACCUUCUCAUGCGAGCUAAUUUUGACCAUUCGAAUGGUCUCUCAAUGACUCGAAUGCAUCUUCAAGUAAUUAUAUCCAUUUCGAGGCUACUUGGUGAUUCUGGUUUAGCGUUGAUGAACAAUCCUCGAUUUCAAGAAUCACUGGCCGUGAUUAACAAUUAUGCAGGAUCGGAUAAGGGAAUGCAAGGAGGUCGUUUCCCAUCACUAGUCAAAGAGUUAACUAAGAAGGUCAGAACGGUACUUAUGGCUACGGCAGCGAUGAGAGAGCAUGAAAAUGAUUCUGAAAUGUUAUUGGAUUUACAACACCAUUUAGCCAACAGCUAUGCCGAGACCUCUCCAGCAUUGAGACGCACUUGGCUCGAAUCAAUGGCUAAAAAUCAUAUUAAGAACAAUAAUUUUUCAGAAGCAGCUCAGUGUUUAGCUCAUAUCGCAGCUUUGGAAGCUGAAUAUCUUCGUAACAAGAAUCAACAUCAACUUGGAGCCAAAGCCUUUUCUUCAAUUUCAUUGAACAUUCCUCGAGACGAAGAGCUGUCUAAUUCAACUCGUCGAGAUGAGAGUAACAGUGACGAGGAACAAUUUUCAGAGGAAUCUCUCUUAUCUAGUCUGGAAAGUGCAGUUGACUUAUUCACCCGAGCCGAAAGGUACGAAGUGGUUCCCGAAAUUUACAAGAUAAUGGCUCCCUUUUAUGAGAAAGCACGUAACUACGAGAUACUUAGUCGAAUUCAUCGUAACAUCAGUGAAAUUUAUGAUAAGAUUUUGAUUACAAAGAAAAGCGGUAAACGGCUUCUCGGUCGUUAUUAUAAAGUAGCAUUUUUUGGUAAAGACUAUUUCGAGGAUGAUUCAGGACGGGAAUAUAUUUAUAAAGAACCAAAAGUAACAUCUUUACCAGAAAUUUCUCAGCGCCUUAAAGAUCUUUUUUCAUCUAAAUUUGGUCCAACUAAUGUGAAACUCAUCAUGUCCGAAAAAGAGAUCGACGAAAAGAAAGACUGUGAUCCUCGAUACGCUUAUAUUCAGAUAACCCACGUUGUUCCUUAUUCUCAUGUAACCGAUCCUUCAGAUGAUCGAAUUACUGAUUUUGAAAAAGUGAACAAUGUGAACAAAUUCAUGUUCGAAACGCCCUUCUCUCUAAUUGACCCAUCUAAGGCCAGGUCAAGUGAUUGUGAAGAGCAAUGUAAAAAACGAACCAUUUUGGUGACGAAAUACUGUCUCCCCUAUGUGGUCAAACGGGUACCAAUUGUUUCUAAAUCAGUUCAAAUAUUAUCUCCGAUUGAAGUGGCCAUCGAUGAAAUGGAAAUUCGAGUAAAACAAUUAGAAGAAGUCGCUUUCUCUGAUUCUCCCGAUCUCAAAAGACUCCAAUUAACUUUACAAGGAAGUGUUUCCGUCCAAGUAAAUUCUGGUCCUCUAACCUAUGCAAAAGCUUUUCUCAAUGAAACAAAAAAUUAUCCAAUCUCAAAGGUAACCAAACUGCGUCAAUUUUAUCGACAAUUUAUCUCAGUUUGUGAGGUUUGUCUGCAAUUAAAUGAACGGCUGAUUGCAUCAGAUCAACAUGAGUAUCAACAGUCAUUGAGGAAAAAUUUUGAUGAUAUGGUUGAAGAGCUUCGAGACUGUUGUCAACUCGAUGUUCACGGUAAUGUUGGUGAAGACGGUGGUUUAAGCAAUGGCGGAGGUGAUGGUAAUUCAGCUCAUCCAUCGGAGACUUGUUCUAAUAACAACAAUAAUGAUAUCGCCAAUGGUCCUAAUGGUGCUAAUAACAAUGGAUCCCGGUCAAUUUUGGACAAUAACAACUCGGAAACUGAUUCAGGUUUAUCCAUUGGCCUUAAAAAUUAUCCAUUGGAAAUCUUUGAUUUUAUUAGUGGAUCAAGCAAUGCAUGAUGAUGAUAAUCAUAUUAAUACAAUAACCAUAAUCGCAAGUAAACUAAUGAUGAUGGUCAAGCUUAAUUAGUCUUGAAUAAUAACCAAUCAUGAUUGUUUCAUUCACUUCAAUAGGCUGCGAAAUUGGUUCACAAACAAAAGCAACCUCAUUACCCAAAUUAUGAUCAAUUGAAUUUCAAUGAUCUCUCUUUCAUCUUCAUCUCUCAAAGAAACAAGAUAACAAUUAAUGUGAUAUUGAAAUGCAAAAUUGUCCUUAAUGCAUGACAACUAAAUCAAUUGAUUUCUCCUUGUCUAAUCAUCAUCAUCCUGCCACUGAAAAUUUGGCUAAUCAAUCAAAAAACCAUGAACAACACUAGAAACAAUCGAGGAUUCAUUUUGGAAAAACAUUCAUAACAAAUUCACCUUAUUGAAUCAAUUUGAAAUGUUCUUAUUGAUUUAAUUGUAAUUAUUUCAUCAACAAAAGCUCCAUUUUAAGCAGAACAAUUUGUUUAUUCAGUUCUAAUCUCACUAAUUGUAACGAGCAUUUCAUUUCUUUUUCAUUCCAACAAUUAACUUCAUUCGAAAGACUCAUUCUCGCCUCCAUCUCCGAAUAACGAAACUAUUUUAAUCUAAAUUAACUGUGAGCCUAAUCAGCUACCAAACUCUCAAAACAAAUCAAAAUUGAUUCGAUCAAUGUUAAAACAAAAAACUAAAAUGUUGAUAUAAUUUCUGUAAAUAGUAUCUAUUUUGAUUAGCUGUAAAUAAAACAAUUAAAACAAAGACCAAACACUUAA